GGUGCGCGUGUCAGGGGAGGGGGGAAAAGCAAUUUACUUAUCAAAUGCCCUAACCAGAAAGCUGCGCUUUUGCUUCCCUCGCCCACUCGCUCGCAGGCGUCGGCUUCCUCUACGCCGGCCGUCCUUCACUCUCAACUGCACUUGCUACGGCGUUCGCAUGCGCUAGUUCUUCUCUCCGGCGUUCGCUUCUCUUUUCCUGCAUUGAGGACGCCCCACUCUCUCUAUAGACCUGGCAGGUUGUGGAACGGAACAAUUUUGGCAAGCCGUGAGUUCCAUACUUGUUGCAGGUCGCCGUUCCUUUCCUUUCGACGCAGCCCGUCGUCGUCUCAGGACCUGCGUCCCAACUCCUCGAUGCCGGAGUCUUCGCCACCGCUCGUUAACGCGAGCUCGUCCAACCGAAAGCACAAGAAGGUGAAACCUUCCAAAAGAGCAGCAGCGCCGGAGUCAAAUCAGUUCGAUUCGCUAGCCUGGAACGACUCUCUUCCUUCUGAGGACCCCUUGUUUUUUAUCGAGGGAAGCAGCGAAGGAGGGUUUAUUUCUUUGGAGGAGAUCGACGAGUCAGUGUACGGACUUAUUGGAGAGGUUCCCUCUGUGGAAGAUGGAAAGAGUAAGAAGAAACUUAAUUAUGACUUGAAGUCGAAGAAGAAAAAUUGGCAAAGGAAUGAGGACGUAGAGAUCGUGGAGGAUGGCUCACAUCUUAUCAAUGUGGAAGAUGGAAAGAAUAAGAAGAAACUUAACCAUGACUUGAAGUCGAAGAAGGAGAAGAGGCAAAGGGAUGAGGACGUAGAGAUUGUGGAGGAUGGUUCACAUUUUACCAAUGAUGAUAAAGGUGAGGAUCCAUCCAAAAGCAAAACCAAGAAAAGGAAGAUAAAAAGGAAUAAGAAAGAUUCUGAAGAGAGUGAAAAUUUAAAGGACAUAAUCCAACAGAAUUUUACUGGUGAUGAUGACAACGAAAAACUAAUUCUUGAUGAGGAUGAAGUUUAUGCUUGGAAAGAGUUAAGGCUUCAUACCCUUCUUAUCAAAUCAAUACGCCGACUCGGAUUCAAGGAACCCACUCCAAUUCAGAAAGCCUGUAUUCCAGUUGCUGCUCAUCAAGGAAAGGAUGUCAUAGGUGCAGCAGAGACAGGUUCUGGUAAAACACUUGCCUUUGGGCUCCCUAUCUUGCAACGCCUACUUGAAGAAAGAGAAAAAGAGGGUAGAUUCCUAGAUGAAAGCAAUACUUCAACUAAGAAAGUUUUUCACAAAGGUCCUCUUCGAGCUCUUAUUAUCACUCCAACAAGGGAACUUGCUUUGCAGGUAUCUAACCAUUUGAAGGAAGCUGCAAGGUUUCUUGAUAUUCAAGUGGUCACUAUAGUCGGUGGAAUGUCAACAGAAAAACAGGAAAGGCUUCUUAAAAGGCGACCAGAGAUUGUUGUUGGAACACCGGGACGGUUGUGGGAGAUAAUGUCAGCAGGAGAAGAACAUCUUGUGGAGCUGCACUCCUUGUCUUUCUUUGUGUUGGAUGAAGCUGAUAGGAUGAUAGAGAAAGGCCAUUUUCAUGAGAUGCAGUCUAUCAUAGAUAUGUUGCCCAUGGUUAAUGGUUCGUCUGAACAAAGUGCAAAAGGGACUGCAAUGUGCAAAACCGUUCCAAAUUUACAGCAAAAGAAGAGACAGACAUUUGUGUUCUCUGCAACAAUAGCAUUAUCUGAUAAUUUCCGUAGAAAACUUAAGAGAGGAUUCUCUAGUUCAAAAACAUCAAAUUCAGAUGCGCUGAGUUCUAUUGAGACUCUCUCACAACGAGCUGGAAUAAGGCCUGAUGUUGCAGUUGUUGACCUGACAAAUACUGCGGUUUUGGCUCAUAACCUUGAAGAAUCCUUCCUUGAAUGCAGGGAAGAAGAUAAAGAGGCCUAUUUAUGUUACAUAUUAAGUGUUCAUGGCCAAGGCCGUACUAUUGUUUUCUGUACAUCAAUUGCAGCUUUACGUCGCAUUUCUUCAAUUUUGCGCAUUCUUUGCAUCAACUCUUGGACCCUUCAUGCUCAGAUGCAACAAAGAGCCCGCUUAAAGGCCAUUGAUCGUUUUAGUGCAAAUGAGAAUGGAGUGUUGAUUGCAACAGAUGUUGCUGCUCGAGGUCUUGACAUUCCUGGCAUUCGAACUGUUGUUCAUUAUCAGCUUCCACAUUCUGCUGACGUUUAUAUUCACAGAAGUGGAAGAACUGCACGUGCUUCUGCUGAUGGCUGUUCUAUUUCAUUGAUUUCUUCUAGUGAUAAGACGAAGUUUUUUUCGUUAUGCAGAUCAUUAUCCAAGGAAAGCCUUCAGCAAUUUCCUGUUCAUAAUGAAUAUAUGCCUGAAAUAAUGAAGCGCCUUUCUCUUGCCCGUCAAAUUGACAAAAUUUCACACAAUGUCUCCCAGGAAAAUGUGAAGAAGAAAUGGCUUAUGAGAAAUGCUGAAUCUUUGGACUUGGUAGUAGAAGAGAGCGGGAGUGAAGAAGAUACAGUAAAAGGAUACAAACAGAAGAAAAUGAACUCUGUUCAACUGAAGAAGCUACAGCAGGAACUGAAUGAUCACCUGAAACGGCCUCUCCAACCUAAAACAUUCUCUCGUCGCUAUUUGGCUGGUGCUGGUGUGUCUCCUCUCCUCCAGCAACAACUAGAAGAGUUACAAAAGUGGAAUACUACUGAAGCAAAAAACUCUAAUAGGAAACCUGGCUUUUUGGUCAUUGGUCAGGAUUUGGUCGAACCACUCCAGGCCCUCCGCAGCUCCGGUCAUGAGGUAUGUGUCAAUGUAGACAAACAGAAACAAAUAAAGAGGGCGGCUGAAUCCUUUAAACGCAAAAAACUAGAGGAGAAAAAGUGUGUCCGCGAGAAGCAGAGACAAGAAAGAAAAAAGAGAAAAGAAGGCCACAAAUAGUGGAUUACUAGCUCAAGUAGUUGAUCGACGAAUUGCUUUUGGUCGACAGUUUCAUCUCACAUCUGGAAGUCAAUUACAAGAUCGGUAUUCUCAAAGGAAGAACUAAAUUAGAAAUCUACUGAAAUGUGUACAAUCAGAAUGUGUUACAAAAUUGGUAUGCUGUCUAAUGUAGGUUCGAGUGGAAUUCAAAAGGUUCUGAGAGUUAUCUUGAAGAAUAUUUAUAGAAAUUUACAGAAAUCUAGUUUUUUUUGUCUAAGAUGAGAAUUUCUUCGAUUGUUAAAAUUGAUUGAUGAUAAUUGCAACGGCCAGCCUCUAUAA